ACCCAUUAAAAUGCUUUCAAAUAAAAAGGUCAAAAUCAAUGUCGAAGAUGUGGACAUAGACAAACCACUGUAUGACAUGGAUAGUUACAUAGGUCGUGUCAAGUAUUUCUUCUACAUAACAAACCCAUUGAACGCAUUCGCCACCAAUGCCCAACUGGACAGGGCCAAAACAAUAGUCGAAAUACAGAGGAAGAAGGGGAAACAGAACUCGUGCAUCGAAGUGGAAGAUCUCUAUCGGGCCAAAAUUCUCUACGAGUCUGCUUUUCAUCCUGGAACUGGCGAAAAACAAACAACUCUGGGCAGGAUGUCGGCCCAAUUACCGGCCAACACUGUUCUCGCUGCGUGUCUCACAUAUUUCUACAAAUCAAUGUUUUCCGUGGUGUUUUGGCAAUGGAUAAACCAAUCGUUCAACGCGUUAGUCAAUUACACGAACAGAAGCAGCGACAGCGAAACUUCAACCGCGCUCAUAAUGCAAUGCUAUCUCGCGGCCGUAUUCGGGGCGGUUUCCGUGUCUCUCAUCUUCAAGCGUCUGGCAAAAUCUGCAUCACCCGUUGUGGGAAGAUUCGUACCAUACAUAGGGUGUUCGGCUGCCCAUUUCGUCAACGUUCCACUGAUGCGGAGAAACGAAUUGCAAGACGGGGCGACUCUGUUCGAUGAGAACGGCAAGAAGGUCGGCAGAUCGAAAACAGCCGCCAAGAGGGCAAUAAUGCAAGUGGUGGCGACCCGUGUUGCCAUGUCUGCCUUGCCCAUGCUGGGAACCCCGGUUGUAAUCGAUUAUUUAAUAAAGCAGGGUAUCCAUUUUAAAAACACUUUCGGUCCCGAGCUGGCUCUUCAAGCAGUCGGCUAUGCCAUUUCGAUACCGACGUGUCUGGCACUUUUUAAACCUUACCAGAGAAUUACGUUCAGAGACCUCGAGGAAGAGGCGCAGGAAGAAGUUAAAGCGAAAACUGCGACCAAGCAGCGGCCCUAUGCCUGUGCCGUAUAUUUCAAUAAGGGUUUGUAACAAAAACACUGUCUACCACUCCGCAACCAAGAAAACAAAAGAAUUACUUUCUAUCCAUCCAUAAUAGUCUUUUGUGACACACUGUAUAUAAUAAAAACACAAUACCAAUAGUA